ACUAAAUCCAUUUGGAUAAUGUGGUUGAACUCGGUUGAUUUUCCUUUGGAGCGAGUUGUCACCAUUGGAGCUGGUCCAUGUUAGAGUCAGGUCAGGGGUUGGGCUGUCGCGCUGCUUAAGAGGCUGCCGACCGCCAUCAGCCAUGGCGCGAGUCCGGGCCAAGCCAUAUUAUCGAGUUUUGUAUAGCGCUGUGUUGUGUCUGACUUCAAUAUGGUGAUGAUCAAAUCGAUUGUGGCUGUUGCGGCACUGGGCUUCACUCAGGUGAAUGCUGGUCUCUGCAAACCAAGCUCGAUCUCGAACUCGAUCACUUUCGAUUCGACAAGUUACGGUACGGUCGACUCCAGCACGCUCGGCUCCAGUACAUCUGACUCCAAUACACCGGGCUCUGACACCGCCACGUCGACGAGUUCCGAACCGGCCAGCCUCUCAACCACUACUGAGGCAUCUUCGAGCUGUGUGGAUGAAUGUGCUCGUGGUGUUGCGGGAACCGAUUUGGUACCUGCAACCAGCGCUGCUCGUUUGGCCAAGUGCUAUACCUUCUUACGGUCGGCUGAGACGGCUUCGGCUCCAACGGUAUACGUUACGGAAACCGAGUACAGCACUGUUACCGGAAGCAACAACCCCACGACGGUUACCACUGUUGCUGUCGACACUGUCAAGAAGCGCACUGUUACGUCCACGGUUAUUCCAACAUAUGCCAGCGCGUGUGCCGAAGAAUCAGACUACCGCAGUGCUUGCUUUUGCAUAGGGGCAUCGGUCACCACUUACAUCGAGGAGAAUGCCGAUACCGUCACCUCGACCGUCAUGUCCACAUCGAUUAUCACAAUUGAAGCUGACAGCCCGCCCAUUGUGGACUCAUCGGAUGUCGUGUUACCCACCAACACUGAUUGGCUCUCCGACUACGAGUACUACGAGUUCGAGCUACCAACCUUCACUGCCCUGCCUCCGGUGUUCACAUUCGCCCCCGCCGAACCGGAGGUGAACGAGUGCGUCCUUGAUACGGCCAAUCUUGCCAACGAAUUCUACUUGCUUGAUGCAAACAUUGGCUACUUGUACAAUAGAAAGGGAAAACCCAGCUUCCCUGUGGCUCCCAGUACGGAAGCUGAAGCUCGCGAGUUAACAGGGUUUGUAAUGGCCGCCAUGAUAGCAGCUAGGUCCGCCAGUACGGAGGACGAUAGGGAGCCACAGUCAAUCGUUCCACCUCUUGUUAGGCUCCAACUUCUGACAAGACUGGUCGACCAGCGGCGCGAAGAGCGAGAAACUGACAAAAUGUCUUAGGCGCGUCCUGUCCAAUCCAGCGCGGCAGACCCAGCACGCGUGGCCCCGGGAACGAAACAAUUACCAUUUCGUUGCCGAGUCCUUGACGGCCUCUGAUACGUCGAUCUCGCGCAGUAUCGAACGCUUCUCGAAACAAAGGGAACGGAAGAGUAACGGAUUCUGGUAUCUGGCCACAGGACUGUUCGUUAUAGCUGGCAAGCCAAGCUAAUAAAGUACGCGCAGUAACCUCUAUUCUCUUUGCCCCCUAAGAAUUACAGUACUAAUAUACCUUAAUCUAACUUAAGUAUCUUAUCUUGC